UCCAGAGUCCAGCCUUCCUUCGCGGUCGCGGCCGAAGCAGUCCGGGAUUCCGGGGUUCUUCUGCUCCAGGGACCCGAGCGAGCAGCGGAGAGCCCGGCCCCAUGUCCUCAGAGAACAUGUUAGCUGUGCACUUUGACAAGCCGGGAGGACCCGAAAACCUUUACUUGAAGGAGGUGGCCAAGCCCAGCCCAGUAGAAGGUGAAGUCCUCCUGAAAGUGGCGGCCAGCGCCCUGAACCGGGCUGAUUUACUCCAGAGACAAGGCCAGUAUCCCCCACCCCCAGGAGCCAGCAGCAUUUUGGGACUGGAGGCAUCUGGACACAUAGCAGCGCUGGGGCCCGCCUGCCAGGGACACUGGAAGAUUGGGGACCCAGCCAUGGUUCUGCUGCCUGGCGGGGGACAGGCGCAAUAUGUCGCUGUCCCUGAAGGGCUCCUCAUGCCCAUCCCAGCAGGACUGACCCUGUCCCAGGCUGCAGCCAUCCCAGAGGCCUGGCUUACCGCCUUCCAGCUGUUACAUCUCUUGGGAAAUGUUCAGGCUGGAGACUCUGUGCUAAUCCAUGCAGGAUCAAGUGGUGUGGGCACGGCCGCCAUCCAACUCGCCCGGCUGGCUGGAGCUAUUCCUCUAGUCACAGCUGGCUCCCAGCACAAACUUCAGAUGGCAGAGAAGCUGGGAGCAGCUGCUGGAUUCAAUUACAGAGAAGAGGAUUUUUCUGAAGCGACACUGAAAUUCACCAAAGGUGCUGGAGUCAACCUUAUUCUAGACUGCAUAGGUGGAUCCUACUGGGAGAAAAAUGUCAACUGCCUGGCUCUUGACGGUCGCUGGGUUCUCUAUGGUCUAAUGGGAGGAGCUGACAUCAACGGACCCCUAUUUUCAAAGCUACUUUAUAAACGAGGAAGUCUGAUCACCACUCUGCUGAGAUCAAGGGACAAAAAGUACAAGCAAAGGCUGGUGGAGACUUUCACAAAACAGAUUCUGCCCCACUUUUCCACGGAGAGCCCACAACGUCUACUGCCGGUUUUGGACAGAGUCUACCCGAUGACUGCAAUCCAAGAGGCCCACGCAACAUGGAGAGCAACAAGAACGUGGGCAAAAUCGUCCUGGAACUGCCGCGAUGAAGGAGGCGGCGGCAGGACGCGGGCCUUCCCAGGACAAACUUGGACAAAGUCCACAGUACGCAGGAAGGAGAUCGGGUGCUACUCCAGGCCGCCCUGUAACCAUUGCUCCCUUCUCCCGGCCUCGGUCAAUUGACCCGUGUAAAGCUGAUCCAGGGAAAUAAAAAGAGUAGAUCUAAAGGGCGGCCAUCUCACUGUGGCGGCCCCGGAUCGCGGACUGAGGCCGCCGGGGAGGUGGGGGUCGGGACUGACCGUGCCGCAGGCAUUACAGGAAAGGCCCCAACAGUGAGUGCUCAACUCCAGGGUCUGGGGUUCUGGAUGCGGGGACAGCGUCGACCACAACAUAACCUGCCACAACCCCGUAAGCCCAGCUUUGCGCGGGAGGAGGCCGGGGCCCACCCACCAGCACC